AUGGGUGGCUCCGUCUUCACAACGGGCAAUCAGCCCUUGAAUACGCCCCGGAUGCCCCCCGAAAUCUACGAGCGUGUCAAGGCCCAGUGUUAUGCCGCCCUCCGCAAAAUCUACAUCUGCGUCGCCAGCCCUAUCGAAGGACCUGCCAAGAAAGACUAUGGUGAUAUUGACAUCCUCGUCGCCUGGGAGAAGUCCGUUUUCCCGGCCGGGGGCCAAUCAACAUACGCACCAUUCAAGGACAAGAAAGAGGCUUGCGAGGCCAUCCAGGAAGCUCUGGGAUCGCCUUUUAUCAAAAUCGAGAAGAUGACCGAUCAUUACGCCGUUCUUUGGCCUGGCGACGACACGCCCGUGGAAGGACAGGCGGGUUUGGACCCUGCUUCCCGACGCUAUGUCCAAAUCGACAUCACCAUCUGCGAGUCGCUGGAGCGGAUGCAAAUGAAGCUCUUCAAGCACGCCCACGGAGACUUGUGGAGUAUUCUCGGCACCAUUAUCCGACCCUACGGUCUGACGGUUGACGAGGAAGCUCUCUGGAUACGGAUCGUUGAGAUCGAGAAGCUCAACAAGAACAAGGCCAAGGUGUUUCUCACCAACAACUCGUACGAGAUCUUAAGCUUUCUUGGCCUGGACGCCAGCGACGACAUCUGGAACUCGUCAUUCGGCUCUCUCGACGAGAUGUACGAGUACGUCGCCACUUGUCGCUUCUUCUCUUCCACUCAUCGCUCCAAUCCGUCAUCACCGUCCUCGUCAGCAGCGCCGAGCUCUCCUAUGGCCCCCUCAACUCCUCUGUCACUCGAGAAUUCGGCUUCUCCCGCCUCAGUCACGCCUUCUACUCCUGCGAGGUCCUUAUUGCCUUCCACCCCGUCGGGCUCGGUCCCAUCAACCCCAGCCUUCCAGACCCCCCAGUCAACCAAGCAGCUCAACUCGAGAGACAAGAAGCGCAUGGACACCCGGCCCGCCUACAGCAAUUUUGUGAACGAGUUUGUGCCUCGGUGCCAGAGAGAGGGGCGUUACCUGGAGCGGCCUGGCACUAUCAGGUCCGUCCGCGAGGAAGUUUUUCAACGAUUUCCUGGCGUCAGAGAGGUGUUCGAAAGGCGCCACAACGAGUUCCUCGCCGAAAAGAACCGAGAGACCAUCAUGGCAAAGCUGAAGAACGAAUGGAUUCCUGCCGCGGACCCCGCCGACGUCAAGCAGUGCCAGAGACGUGGGUGCCAAGUCAAGGCUCUCAAGAAGAUCAUCUUUGAGGGCGACGAUAGCUACGAUGGUAUUCUUCCGGAGGAGCCCCUCGCUGACAGAUUCGGCCGCUUGAACGAGAGCAAGGUCCAUAAGUUCGUCAUGAAGCACAAGGAGGUCGUUGGGAAAAUUGCUUUUGAUCGGCAUCAGCAGGCGUACGCGGAGCGCAUGAGGCAACAAGAGCUUAAGGAGCAGCAGAGCAAUGGCUCCCCAGCCAUAGACAAGAAGAAAACGACGGAGCCGGGAAAGGGUAGCAAUGAUAAAGACGAGGAAUGA